AUGGACAUCCACCUUUCGACCUCUGGCUGUGAAUUAAUCGACGCAUCCACCAAGAUCGAAGAAGAGACCUUACCAAGCUAUACCCCGGAGUCAUACUACCCGGUGGAACAAGGGGAGAUCAUGAAUGAUAGGUAUCAGGUGGUCUCUAAGAUUGGAUACGGUGGUUCCUCGACCGUCUGGCUGGCUCGCGAUCUCGUACCUGGUCGCUAUCCGGACCGAAGUCUCGAACAAGCCGCGGCCGAUAUCGAUGGCGAGGACCUGGAGGGCUUCCUGCGGUGGCUGCGUCGAGCACUGCAGUGGGAUCCCAGAGUCUGUCCUACGAUCUUGGAUCUGUUCAUGGACCCAUGGCUGAUGAGAGGGAUGAAAGUGCGGAGAGACGACCCGGCUUUGAAGGACUAUCUAGAUAUCGUCGGGGUGGUUGAGAUCGUUGACUGAUUCGGUGGUCGAAACCAAUCCCUUAGACUUUGGGGAAAGUCGAUUCAUCGAUCUUGCGCACUCGUGCGUUGUGUUUCAGUUCUUAUUGCCGACUGUGCUUAUGCUUCUGAGGGAAAUCUGGAAAUUUUCUACUUCGUCAAUCAUCUUAUGCAGCAUCAACUCAGAAUGAAUAUCUAGUUCGAAAUUUAGUCAAGAAAUUGAAUCUUAUCGGAAU